AUGCCCGCCGCACACGAACUACUCAAAGACACGACCUUCGGCUACCUCCUCCGCGCCGCCUUCGGCUCGAAAAUCCUGCCACACAGCGACGAGCAGCACUUCCCCGCCGCCUUUGCUUUCGCACAAGAAAAGCAGCCUUUGUCCGCCGUAUCGUCCCGCAAAGCCGAGCUCGACGCCGAGCGCCAUGAUAUCGAGGAGACGCAACGACGCGCGACGCUUCAACGGCACGACACGAGUCCCGGCGGCUUCUCGCGCACAUCUACGCUCGUCGACAUCGCGUCUUACGCGCUAGAUAAGAGCGAAAAGGCCGAUAAGCUGCUCGUGGGGUGGUACGGGCCCGACGAUCCUGAUAAUCCGCAGAACUGGAGCUCGGCGAAGAAGGGAUGGGUCUUGUUCCAGACGUGUUUCUUGACGUUCUCCAUCUAUAUCGGAUCGUCUAUCUAUACUGCUGGUUUAACGGACGUCGAGGAGACGUUCCAUGUUAGUACGGUUGCAGCAACACUUGGUCUGACUAUGUUCGUCGCGGGCUACGGAGUUGGACCAAUGAUCUGGGCGCCUCUGAGCGAGAUCCCGCAAAUAGGACGCCUCCCAGUGUACAUGUUCACCCUCUUCAUCUUCGUCCUCUUCCUCAUCCCCACCGCCCUCGCCUCGAACUUCGGCAUGCUCCUCGCAUUCCGCUUCCUCACCGGCUUCUUCGGUUCUCCCGCACUGGCCAACGGAGGCGCUACGAUCUCGGACAUGUUUCAUCCUAAGCACCGCGCUUAUGCGAUCACGCUUUGGGGUUUGUUCGCUACGCUAGGUCCCGUUCUCGGUCCGCUGGCAGGAGGCUUCGCCGCGCACGCCAAAGGCUGGACAUGGACGAUCUGGGAGCUGAUGUGGCUCUCCGGCGCAGCGCUCGUCCUGCUCUUCUUCUUCUUCCCCGAGACCUCGCCGGACAACAUCCUCUACCGCCGCGCCCAACGUCUGCGCAAAGCGACUGGCGACAAGAACUUGCGCGCACAGUCCGAGAUCGAUGCGGCGCAGACGAGUGCUCGGCAGAGGCUCGUGGAGGCGCUUAUUAUUCCUAUUACGCUGAACUUUUACGAGCCGAUUGUGCUUGUGCUGAACAUCUACAUUGGGUUGAUCUACGCGUUGUUGUACAUCUGGUUCGAGAGCUUCCCGAUCGUAUUUGGCGGGAUCUACGGUUUCCCAGACCAGCUCCUGGGACUGUCGUACAUCGGCAUCCUCGUCGGCUCGCUCUCCAUCACGCCAUUCUUCUUCGCGUACUUGAAGUACUACCAAGAGCCGCGCUACAGCGCUUCCGGAGAACUAAGGCCCGAAGAGCGUAUGCCCGUCGCGAUCUUCGCCGCGCCCAUCGUUGCCAUCUCGCUCUUCUGGUUCGGCUGGAGCGCGCGCGAGAACGUGCACUGGAUAGUCCCCAUCAUCGGCUCGUCGCUCUUCGGCAUGUCCGUGCUGCUCCUCUUCAACGUCGUCCUGAACUACCUCGCCGACGCGUACCCGCUCUACGCCGCGUCCGUCCUGGCGGGCAACGAUCUCGUGCGCUCCGCGUUCGGCGCGGCGUUCCCGCUGUUUGCGCGGGCGAUGUACGUGAAGCUGGGCGUGGGGUGGGCGAGCACGCUGUUGGGGCUGUUGGCGUGCGCGUUUGUGCCGAUUCCGAUCUUGCUGUACCGCUAUGGCGAGAGGAUCAGGAGGAGCAGUAAGCGCGCGCGGCACGAGUUCAACUAG